AUGCGCAAACCAUCUGCAUGCAACAGUUGCCGGGCUCGACGGCGCAAAUGCACGUAUCCCAUAGAGGUUUCUUCUUCAUCGCCAUCAUGCCACUACUGCCUGUCACACGGGACCAAGUGUGUACAAGGACCGCCUGAAGGGGGAUAUUAUGCCAAGCGACAAGCAAGGAUACAGCAAUUUGCUGCGGCCGACAGCCAGCAAGGCGAAAAUGCGAGCAGCCCUGGAGCGGAAACGACGCAGGCGCAUCAACUGCCACCCAUGGAGUUGAGGCUGGAGCUGGUGGCGCUGUACUUUGAGUACAUCCACGACCAGUUCCAUUGCAUGUAUCACCGUCCCUCAUUCGUAGAGUUGGUGCAGAGGGGUAGACUCCCUGGCAUUAUCUUAUUCGCCAUCUUCGCUCUGGCUGCCCGCUUCUCUUCAAAUGAAUGCUUCCAGGGUACCGAUCCACGCGAAAGAGGUCGAGGCUACCGCGAGACAAGCGAGCAGCUAUUCAACAUGCGCGACAUCUCGCCCACUUCUGUCCAGGCCUGCGUCUUGCUCGGCGCAUAUGCAGCUGCAAAUGGGGAGACGGAUGUGGAGAACAUGUACUAUAGUACGGGCGGCCGCAUGUGCCUGGCCCUCAACCUACCCAACCGACCCGUCGCCAGCCUGCUGGAGCGUGAACUCAAUAUUCGGAUUUGGUGGACGCUAUGCAUGGUCGACGUGUGGUCGUCGACAGCCGUCAAGCUUCCGCGCAUCAUGCCCGUGGACGACACCAUCCCCUUUCCCAUUGACGAGAUUCCAUUUCGCUGCAUGAGCACAGGAUUCGGGUCCAUCUUGACGCAUGAGCAAGAUGUCCGCACCUCGCCGCUCUUGGCAGAGAUGAUAAAAUUGAACAGAAUACUGGCAAAGAUUAUAGAUUUCAAUAGGGCAUGCGUCUCGGAGCACCUCGAGGGUGCAGUCCUGGAGAUGGGUGUUCGUGAGCUCUCGCAGGACUUGCAUGUCUGGCUGGAGAACCUGCCCGAACACAUGCGCGAUACGCCAGGGAAUUUUCUCUACUUUGCAUCGCAGGGGCUGGGACGCAUGUUCGUCGCCGUCUACCUUGGAUACUACCACUACGGUCAACUGCUCAACUACCAAUUCUUAUCGAGCAGCACUGCAGACUCAUCCACCCAUCUAGCACAGUAUGCCGAAGCGUGCAAGCAGCACGCCGCCCGCCUCUGCUCGCUCGUCUACCUCUGCAACGCCACACCGGGCAGCAAUGUCGUCUACUCGGCUGUCUCCCACGUGCUCGUCAUUGCCUCGACGGUCCAAAUCCACACACUUCUCUUCUCCGGCAACGAACACCAAAUCCGCAUCUCCAAGACGCGGCUCGAACGCAACUUUGAAAUCCUCCUGCGCCUACGCACAUACUGGCCCAGCGUGGACGGCGCCAUGAGCCGGCUCCGCGCAUUUCACCAGACCUGUCUGCGCAGCAAGGAAACCAGUUUUGUGCUGGACAGAUGGCUGUUGCGGUUCCUGGUCCAGUUUGCGCCGCACAUGGAGCUCGAGCCGAGGCACAAUGAUCCAGAGAACUUCCAUGUGAAAAAGGGACUCAUCUGUUUGCCAAGAGCGGUUGGAUUGCAACUUUCCCGGGCGGAGUGGGGCGGGUGA